GUCAAGCAAACACUGCCUUUCCCAGCUCAGCAGCGCAAUCGGUGCCCCAGAGAGGCUCCAAAGAGAGUGAACAUGGAGCUCUGGGAGAGAAAGUUCACUUUAAAGAUGGCCCUCCAGGUACCAGGGCACAGCUGGUCCCUGACCCAGGAGGACAACCUCAAUCCCCGGAGCUUGCCCUAUGGAUGGUACCAAUUUCAGCAAAAAAAGUGCUUCGCCAGGUUCCAGUGCUCGAGCUGUCCCAACCGCUGGCCCUCCGCUCAAGUGCUCGUUACCUUCCACAUGCACCUGGACGCGAGGGAGAGACGGGGCCAGGUGAAGAUGCGGCCCUUUGGGCAGAAGUGUAAGCGGUGCGGGGGCGGGAAGUUUGAGAAGCCGAAGUUCAGCGAGAAGAACGUCGAGAGGAUCCUGGACAACGUGGUGCUGACGAUCCAGGAGAAACUGUACUGGCAGCCCGUUGCCAACAGGCAUCUCUUGGAGCCGCUGGUGGAAGAUUAUGUGGAAGGGCCUCACGACACCGCUCGCUGCGAGGCGUGCGCGCUGGGGAUCUGUUACCUGAGGGAUCCGGCCCCCAAGAGCCAGCCCUCUGCACCCCCCUACCGCUUUGCUGCCACCGCUUCCCGGGCCGUCGCCUCUCCGUCUGGCCCACAGGCGCAGCGGGUAGUGGACACGAGAGAUGGCAUGGAGGUCGUGAAUUGUGUGGUGGUCAUUGUGAUUGUCUUGCUCAUGCUGGCGGCGCUGUAUUUUAGGAAGUAGGACAGUCCUUCUUCAAAGUGGGUCCUAUGCAGAUGAGUCUCUAAGGUGUUGCUGUCUUGCUUCAAGCAAAGCAGCAGAGGUUGGAUGGCACAAAAAGUGGCAGAAAUGCAGACACAUGCCCAUUCACCCUGUGCCAGGCUUCCUUCUAGCCCAAGCAGCCUCACCUUUUCCCUCUCCUUCUGCGUGUGUCCGAGCCCUGGGCCACUGCCUAGGUCUCCUGGUCCAUCUUCUUGCCCUUCAGCCCUGGGAGGGGAGGGAGACACCCGCUGUGAGCUGUCAAGGGAGGGGGCACAGCCGCUGAGAGAUACAGCCGCACAUCGCUCCGGGGUCUGCACCACCGCCCCUCUUGACCCUCGGGACCUCCGUGGGGUCUUGACCAGUCCUUUGCUGGUGAUGGAGCUGCUCCUGCUCUCAGCAGCUGAGGUCUUGGCUUGUCCCCUGCUGCAGCUGUGAUGGACAUUGCUGAGGACAGUGCGGUACAGUUCAUUCGUUGCACCCCCACCUGGUGCCCUAGACACAUGUCUUUGCAGGUUAGAAAACAAGGGUUUGGCCAUCAGUCGCACCGUCUUGAGUAAUGCUUUUCUCUCCAGCUGAAGGAGCUCUGGGCAGAGCAGCGUGUGGAUGAGAGCCAUUUCCUUCCUUUGUACUUUCCAAGGGAAACUCUGACUAUAUCCCUGCAAAAAAUCUGCCCCUCUUCCACGUGCUGCAGCUCUCAGCAGAAGCCUCUGUGUUAAAUGGCCUCACUCUUUUCCCUCUGUCCUGGAUUUUGCAUGUUAACGGAGUGAUAUUUUGCUCCUGUUUUUUUUCUAUCCCUUCAAUAAAGCA